AUGCGUAAUGUUCAGGUCGAAUUUGAUAAGCGAUUCGAAUAUGUUGAACCGUACAUGGAGAACAGACUCGUCACGGCGACAAAGAAAUAUUUCUCUAGGCGGCAUUUCCGUCCUUAUUUCUGUAGGUUUACUCGACCCUUCGCAAGUUUACGAUCAUUCCGGGCAACAAUGCUUUCGUUUAUACCGAUUUUGUAUUGGCUUCCGAGGUACAAUAUUAAAAGCAACCUACUCAACGAUGUAGUUGGAGGACUCAUGGUCGGUAUCAUGCACGUACCACAAGGUAUAGCUUACGCAUUUCUUGCUGAUGUUCCUCCUGUGGUCGGCCUCUACACUUCAUUCUUUCCUGUGCUUACUUACAUGGUGUUCGGAAAUUCUCGUCACAACUCACUCGGCUCCUUUGCCGUCGUGGCUUUGAUGUCCGGACGGACCGUUUAUCGAUUAUCUCACAAAAGUGAAAACGUCGAUGCAAUACUAGCGAAUUCUUCUAUUACUUCUGAGCACAUCUUCCAACCUGUUGAGGUGGCUUCAGCCUUAACCUUAGCGAUAGGACUAGUCCAGUUUGCGAUCGCUCUUUUGGGGCUUGACUUUUUGACAACAUACUUCUCCGACCAGAUAGUCGCAGGCUUCACAACCGGAGCCGCUGUGCAUGUAUUCGUGACUCAGCUGAAAGACGUCACCGGAAUUUAUGGCACACCAAGGCGUGUUGGUGUUGGGAAUGCGAUACUGCGAGUGUUCGAUAUCGUGGUUGAAAUAUACAGGACAAACCCAGUCACUAUCCUAGUGUCGAUCGUUGCUAUGAUCGUGCUGUACAUCGGCAAAAAAAUUAUCAAUCCACGUGUUGUUGCACGCUCACCUGUUCCUAUUCCCUUCGAGUUGCUUGCGGCUCUGCACAAAAGGUUGACUGACGCAUCCCUCUCCAAUAAUCGCGGUAUUGAAGGGAAAGACUUUCGGGAUGCGAAAGAAUGGGUCUUAGCUGGAACUGGAGGUAGCAGUAAAGGACGAGGACGGAUGUGA